AUGCUGUUGGAGCUGGCCUCAGUCCGGCGCAGCAGCGCGCAGGCGCUCUUGCGCAUUGUCGUGUUAAAGCAGUCUAUGCGCGCUUCUGCUAACAUCCCUGAUGCGCUGCAGAAAUACUUUUUUGUCGCAGUGAAAAUAUGUUCAUCAGUGGACUGGGAGAAGGUGAAAUGUUCUGUGGACGCCGAUCAGGCAGUUCCAGAAGGAAGGGUUCCAAUCGGUCGUUUCCCUUGGCUGGGCGUCGUGCAACAUAAGUUUUAUGUGGGUGGACAGGUCAAGUUCGCGGUGACAGCUGGCGUGCUCGUCCACCCGGCGUACGCCAUCGCGUCUGCCGAGGACAUAGCUCGCGUGCCCCGGACACAUCUCUUUAACAACACAAAGUUUAUCCUGUGGAACAGCGAAAACACGAAGAUUGCUCUGGACGUCCAGGACUACCUCCUGCACCCCGAGUACGAGGAGAAGGUGACCUUCGCCACGCUCGCCUUGCUGGAACUCAUCACGUACGGUUACACCGGCAUUAGCGACUACAAAUCCGUGGUCCUGCCCAUCUGUAUGCCCGUAACGGGAGCGGGAACAUUCGACAAGUUAUAUUCUGUCAGAUACACUGACGACGGUGGUGAAAUCAAUAAGGAAGUGAACAGGAUGACAUUAGUCCCACAUUCGCAAUGUGAGGAGUUCUACUACCAGACUGGGUUGUCAUACGACAAAAUGAAGCCUCGCAGGCCUCUGUGCGCGUCGGUGGAGUCUCAGAAACGUGCGUGUGUCUGGGACGCGGGCUCCGUUCUCUUCGCGAGACAAUCUUGGGGGCAUUGGAUGAUUUUAGGGUUCAGCACCCGAGGGGCAGGCUGCGGCGCGCCAGCUCGCUUCGUAAGCAUCCACGACUUCAUACCCUGGAUCGAUGACGUGAUCACCAAGUUAAGUCCCGACGAAAUGGACAAACUGGUCAAGGUCCAUUUCCGAAGGGACUCGCCAUUCGCCUUCAAAAUGUAUGCUGGUGACGUAAAGCUACCGAAAGAGUUUGGACAAUGCGGAGAUAGGAGGCAGCGCGGGACUGUUAUCUACAAGGACAGCAGUGAAGUGUUAACAACGAAGGCUUUCUCACAAGGAUUUUUUUUCAUGUCAGUGGCGAAUUUAGCUUCCGUGAACUGUAUCAAUGUGGAGCUGGACACGCUGUCGCGCACGAACGCGGCGGUGUGGGUGGAGCACCAGUGCAGGCGCGACAUGACCAACCAAGCCUGGACCCCCAAGUUUAGACAGCCCGAUUACAGAAAGCUGGACUGUUUUAUGUACUUCAGAUCAAAAUCUUUCAUCGAGUUCCGAUUCUUCUUUACAUUUAAAGCGACGUUCGAGGUAACAAUUUACGGAAGACUCGAAGCCACCCCCCUCAUGCCAAAUCCGAACAACGAUGUUGAAACGACUAUACCCUGGCACCCUACUGAGGGACUGCAUAAGUACAUGUGGCACCCUGCUAAUAAGUGGAUGUGGCAUCUGUAACUUGACGAUAUUUGUAUAUUUUCUUAUGUAAAAAUUUAAUGUAACGAAAUUUUUACGUUUUUCAUGGUUCCCUAUUUUUAUACAUACAAUUUUAAGUCAUAAUUUAACAUGGCAUACUUUUACUUAUCGUAAUAAUAGUUACGCACAAUAUUAAUUUAGCAUAAUGUUUGAGACACAAUUUUUUUACGCAUACCUACCAUAAUCAUAACAAUUUUAAGCAUAAUAUUCUAAAGCAUAUUGGCGGCUUAUGGGUGGCCCAAAGGCCACCCCGCCGCACCCUGACCUACAACAGCUACACUAUAGCUUUAUGCAAAUCAAAAUUAUGGUAAAAUACAUUAGCCUAAACUAUAAUUAUGCUUAUUGAAAAGGUAUGCCAAAAAACAAGUAUGUCAAAAUAUUAUUAUGUCAAAAAUAUAUAUGUCUAACUCGUUAAGCUAAAUUAAAUUAGGAUAAAAAAAUUAUGCGAAAAAAGGGAUCCCGUUUUUCACAAGAGUUUUAAGAUUUUGAGUUGUACAAUUGGUACAUUUGAUCCGCAUCUUCUUUCGGAUGAAUAUUAUAGCUUCAAAUGAAAGUAGACGUUUCAUCCGUGGACCAAUUUUUGAGCAGUCCAAUUGUCCCUUAACUCUAAGAUUUCACCCGAGACAUAGGGUUAGUUACAUUGCACGUUUAUUGAUAGCUCGUUUGAAAGUUGAAUGAUAUAAUAUAGACAGACAGGUGUAAAAAUGUGUACAAUAAGAAUGUCCGAAUGAUGAUCCGGGCAUUCAUGACUAUAAUGAAGCAUUUAAAUAGUGGUGUUGAUGAUGCGCUUUGUAUUUUGUUAUAGUUAUAUUUUAGCACACAGUUUGUCCUGAUUGACCUUUCUCAGCGUCAAGCUUCGACCACGAUCGAGAUAGUUCGCCGUACAUUGCUCAGUGUUAACGUGAGCUUUGUAACGAUAUAUAUACGACAAUGUAGAUUGCAAACAGAAGCUGAAAAGUUAAUCGAAACAAUAGUCACAAUUUUACUUUUGUACUUUUUUAAUUUUAUACUAUUUUACAUAUUAUAAAAGAAUAUGUCAACUUGACUGGCGUUUUAUAUAAUCCAAUCCAUACCCUACUAGUAUAGUAUAGUUUCA